AUCUCCUGCCCCCAGCGAGGGCGACCAAUCUCAACUGAGCCCAAACGCUGUGCGUUUGACGGCAGCGGCGGGGAUCCCACGCUCAUUGCCCUGGUGUUGAGUGCGUGAGCGGGAGGCGGUAGCGGGCCGAGUCGAGCCGAGCCGGAGAUGCGGCGGAGAGAUGGGGACGCCUCGACACCUGUCCUCGAUGAACCUCAACGUGCCAGAAGGAGGGAAGCGAAGGAGGCGGCAACGCAGGAGGGAGACAACAGAAUGAAGAGGAUCUUUGGGUUUGAGUUGUCAGAUUUCCGAAGUUGGCAUCGAUUCGUUUGUUUGUUAAAUCGACCCACUGACCCAGCGUCCCUGGGGGUCUUCAGGCUUCUCUUUGGGUUGCUGAUGAGCCUUGACAUCCCGCAAGAGCGGGGUUUGAGUUCGCUGGACCACAAGUACUUUGACGAGCUGGUGGUCUGCCGUUUCCCUCUGUUCAACUUCCUGAAGCCGCUUCCUUUGGACUGGAUGUACGUGGUCUUUGUCACCAUGUGGUUAGGUGCCAUUGGGAUCAUGCUCGGAUGUUUCUAUAGACUCUCCUGCCUGAUGUUCCUUAUCCCGUACUGGUAUAACUUCUUCCUGGACAAAACAGCAUGGAAUAAUCACUCAUACCUCUACGGACUCAUUGGCUUCCAGCUGACAUUGAUGGAUGCCAAUAGAUAUUGGUCUAUCGAUGGCUUGCGGAACCCCAGGAAGAGGAAUGCUCAGGUCCCCCUGUGGAACUACACUCUGCUGAGGAUCCAGAUCUUCAUUGUCUAUUUCAUUGCUGGUGUGAAGAAGCUCGACGCUGAUUGGGUGGAGGGGUACUCGAUGAACCAACUGGCAGGGCACUGGCUGUUUGAUCCUUUCAAGCUGGUGCUUUCAGAGGAGCUAGUGAGCCUUCUGGUUGUGCACGGAGGAGGUCUUAUGUUGGACCUGUCAGCUGGUUAUCUUCUCUUCUUCGACAUCACCCGUCCCUACGCCAUCUUCUUUGUCACGUACUUCCAUUGUAUGAACUCUCAGCUCUUCAACAUAGGGAUGUUCUCCUACACAAUGCUGGCAACAUCGCCACUGUUCUGCUACCCUGACUGGCCCAGGUCGUUCAUUCGGAAGUUCCCAGGCUUCCUGAGGGCAGUGCUCCCGCUCACUGAUCCGCCCCAGCCCAGCGACUCGUGCGUGCCUCCCAUCGGGGAACAGGGCAGAAGCACGGAGACGCCGCUCACAUUGCGACAGAGGCUGGGGGCAGUUUUCGUCAUCAUCUACGUUGCCGAGCAGUUCUUCCUGCCUUAUUCACACUUCAUCACGCAGGGGUACAAUAACUGGACCAAUGGGCUUUAUGGAUAUUCCUGGGACAUGAUGGUUCAUUCCAGAUCCCACCAACAUGUCAAGAUAACCUACAAGGAUGGGGUAACUGGAGAGGUCGGCUACCUAAAUCCGGGUGUGUGGACGCAGAGCCGGCGCUGGAAGGACCACGCGGACAUGCUGAAGCAGUAUUCCAGCUGCCUGGCCCAGGAACUCCGCCGGUACAACAUCAUCAAUCCCGAGAUCUACUUUGACAUCUGGGUGUCUAUAAACGACAGGUUCCAGCAGAGGCUUUUCGAUCCGCGGGUCGACGUCGUAACGGCCGAGUGGUCCCCCUUCAAGAAGACAUCGUGGCUGAUGCCGCUGCUGGUUAACCUCUCGCCCUGGAGGCUGAAGUUUGAAGAAAUUGAGAAAACUCUGGACAAUCAGACGGAUGUGGUUUUCAUUGCGGAUUUUCCAGGGCUUCACUUGGAGAACUUUGUGAGCGAAGAUCUGGGCAAUACCAGCAUCCAGGUGCUAAAGGGGGAGUUGGCUGUGGAGAUUGUGGCGGAGAAGAAAAACUACAGCCUGAAGGAGGGAGACAAGAUGCAGCUGCCGGCUGGUGACUAUCACAACGUGUACACCACGUCUGAGGAGCCCUCAUGUUACAUGUACGUCUACGUCAACACUACCCUGGUGAAAUUUGAAGAGAAUUACACGCGUUUUGUGGAGCUUCAAGAGAAGGUUAAGAAUGGAACUGACACCAGAGACAUUCCACCUGAGCUGCGAACCAUCCUGAACGGAAGUGUGGAGAGCAGCAACGUCACGGACCCGACUCUCGCGGCUUUCGUGCGCCGGCAGAGGAGGCAGGAGGAGUACGAGAGGAGGAGGAACUCAACCAUGCUGGAGAGACUGAUCAGAUUUGCACAGAAAAAGCACUACAUCUUCCGACGGAGCUUCCUCAUGACUGGCUACGCACUGAGGAAUCUCAUCUUUGGACGACCUCCAGAGGAACAGCUGGCAGAAGAGUUUCAUUACGCUGACAUGAGACCUUAUGAGGGUGUAAAUCCUGAACCUCAGAGCAAGACAGAAGAUCGUAUGGAACUAUGAAGUUGGCAUGGCCACCAAUAACAUUACAACCCCAAAGCUUCUGUGGCUAAUGGAUGCAAGUUCCAUAGAACUACCAGUACUACGCACCCCAAACUGGAUUUUUAAAAGGAUUUUAUGGAUGGUUUGUGAAAACCAGAUUUUGUUUUUCAUUUCAGUGCCUUGGGAUCUGGUUUGUAAAAAGAAAAGCACAACACAAAAUCAAUCUUUAAAUAUUGUAAUUAAAUUUCACACUAAAUGCUGAGGGUCCAAUUUAAGAUACUUCCAAGAAGGAUCUGUGGGACACCAUUGCAAGCCGUACUAUUUUUAGUGAAAUAUUCAAUAAACCCUUGGCCGUCUCUUCA